GAAACAAUUCAAAAUUAAAACGACAAAAAAUAUUUGGGUUCACCUCUCCUUACCCUUUCACCCAAAUUCGGAUGAACCCUAAUUUCCAAUUUCUUCCCCAAAUUUGGAAUUCUCUCAAUCCACAUCAAACCCAAUCGGUUGUUUCUAAAAACCUCCGUGUCGGAGACGGUACAGACGCCGUGUUCAUCUUUAGCUUCAAGGGGCAGUGGAGCAAUUUUAAAAGCUUCAUCUUCUUUCAAUUAACAUUCACAACAACAAUGGAUCUACUCAACCAAUACUCCGACAACAACAACAGCGAUCCAGGUUCACCAACUCAAAACCCUAAUUCACCGGAAAAUUCUCCAACCCGUCUCCUCCCAUCCCGUUCUGCCGCCCCUAAAGUUGACGACACCAUGCUCGCCCUAACCGUUGCCGACCCCAAAACCCUCUCCAAACCCAUCGACCCAACUCAACACCUCGUCGCCUUCAACCCUACCUACGACCAACUCUGGGCCCCCAUUCAAGGCCCAUCUCACCCUUACGCUAAAGACGGUUUAGCCCAAGGUAUGCGUAACCACAAACUUGGUUUCGUCGAAGACGCUAAUAUUGAACCUUUCCUCUUCGAUGAACAGCAUAACACCUUUUUAAAAUUCGGUUACGCUGCUGAUCCUUCUGCGUCGAAUUACAUCGGUGAUUUCGAUGCUUUGCAGAAGAAUAACGCUGCUUCUGUUUACAAUAUCCCACACCGCGAACAGAAGAAGAGGAAAAUUGAAUCUCUUAAGAAGAAAGAAGAGAAUGAUGAUGAAGAAGACAAAAAUAACAACGACGAAGAGGGUGUUGAGAUUGAGAAUCCAGCUUCUGAGGCGUGGUUAUUGAAGAAUAAGAAGAGUCCUUGGGCUGGGAAGAAGGAGGGUUUACAAGGAGAGUUAACGGAAGAUCAGAAGAAAUAUGCUGAGGAGCACGCCAAGAAGAAAGGCGAAGAAAAAAGUGGUUUUGGUGGUGAAAAAGUUGAGGCUGUUAAGGAUAAGAGUACUUUUCAUGGGAAAGAGGAAAGGGAUUAUCAAGGUAGGUCUUGGAUUGCGCCUCCGAAAGAUGCUAAGGCGAGUAAUGAUCAUUGUUAUAUACCGAAGAGAUUGGUGCAUACUUGGAGUGGACAUACGAAAGGGGUUUCUGCAAUUAGGUUUUUCCCGAAUUCAGGUCAUUUGAUUCUCUCGGCUGGUAUGGAUACUAAGGUUAAGAUUUGGGAUGUUUUCAAUACUGGUAAAUGUAUGAGGACUUACAUGGGUCAUUCCAAAGCUGUUAGGGAUAUUUGUUUUACUAAUGAUGGAACAAAGUUUUUGAGUGCUGGUUAUGAUAAGAAUAUUAAGUAUUGGGAUACCGAAACGGGGCAGGUUAUAUCGACGUUCUCCACUGGGAAGAUCCCUUAUGUUGUGAAGCUUAACCCGGAUGAGGAUAAACAGAAUGUUUUGUUGGCUGGUAUGAGUGAUAAGAAGAUUGUUCAGUGGGAUAUGAAUACAGGGCAGAUAACUCAAGAGUAUGAUCAGCAUUUGGGGGCUGUCAAUACCAUUACUUUUGUCGAUAACAAUAGGAGAUUUGUUACUUCUAGUGAUGACAAGUCCCUCAGGGUAUGGGAGUAUGGUAUUCCCGUGGUUAUAAAGUAUAUUAGUGAGCCACAUAUGCACUCUAUGCCUUCCAUUUCGCUUCACCCCAACGCGAAUUGGCUCGCCGCGCAGAGCUUAGAUAACCAGAUUCUUAUUUAUAGCACAAGGGAGAAGUUUCAACUUAACAAAAAGAAGAGGUUUGCUGGACACAUUGUUGCUGGAUAUGCUUGUCAGGUCAAUUUUUCGCCGGAUGGACGUUUUGUCAUGUCGGGAGAUGGUGAGGGUAAGUGUUGGUUCUGGGAUUGGAAGAGUUGCAAAGUCUUUAGAACUCUCAAGUGUCACGAAGGCGUUACCAUUGGUUGCCAGUGGCAUCCUCUGGAACAGAGCAAAGUAGCGACGUGUGGCUGGGACGGGUUGAUAAAGUACUGGGACUAGUUCUAGUCAAUGAUGCCUGUUGCUGGAACUAAGUAGCAGAAGCAGGGUAGACGAAACACCACUUGGCGACCAAAGGAGUAGCAACAUAGUGAAUUCACUUGUUGAUUUGGUCUUCCUUGGCUCAAUGGCAUUAAUUGAAUAUUAUCAUGAAAUUUUUCUUACACUUUUCAAGAUAGGGUCGCCAAGCAUUACGUGCUAAUUGCGUUGCUGUAGUACCAUAUCGGAGAUUUUUUUGAAGAUGUUUUAGUCUUUUGUAUAAUAGAACUUAAGUUAGAUAUUCACCAAUUUGAAAAAUUCCAUUUCAUGUUGCUGUUUAAUUUAGCUUUGCAAGCGCAUGUAAAUAAUUUUGUUGGGAUUUUUGUCAUUCAGUAAAGCAAAAUCCAAUUUAUUAUGCAUGUGCUUAUAAUAAUAUUGUCAUUGAUUUUUA